AUGGCUCGUAUCAAGAGAAGAGGCGACUCGGGCGCCGCCAAAAACUACGUUACCCGAAACCAGGCGAUCCGCAAACUCCAAAUCAGCCUCCCCGACUUCCGAAAGCUCUGCAUCUGGAAGGGCAUCUAUCCCCGCGAGCCUCGCAGCAAGAAGAAGGUCUCCAAGUCGUCCACCGCUUCCACCACCUUUUACUACCACAAGGACAUUCAAUACCUCUUGCAUGAGCCUCUCCUGCAAAAGUUCCGCGACACAAAGGCCCUCGAGAAGAAGAUCUCGAAGGCCCUUGGCCGCGGCGACGUCAAGGAUGCCGCCCGUCUCGACAGCAACGCUGCCCACCCCGAAAAGACUGGAAAGCCCAACUACACUCUCGACCAUGUCAUCCGCGAACGUUACCCGACCUUUGUUGAUGCUUUGAGAGACCUGGACGACUGCCUGUCCAUGCUCUUCCUCUUCGCCAACCUGCCGUCCACCUCCACCGUUCCGGCCAAGAUGAUUGCGCGAUGCGAAAGACUUUGCCUCGAGUUCCAGCACUACCUUAUUGUCUCCCGCAGUCUGACAAAGUCCUUCCUCUCGAUCAAGGGCAUCUACUAUCAGGCUAAUAUUCAAGGCGAGGAGGUUCUGUGGCUCGUUCCUUACAAGUUCACUCAGCGCGUCGUUGGCGACGUCGAUUUCCGCAUCAUGGGUACCUUUAUCGAGUUCUACAUGACCCUUCUCGGCUUCAUCAACUUCAGGCUUUACACCUCAAUUGGUCUCAAGUACCCUCCCAAGUUUGACCUGGUCAAGGAUGAGAAUGCUGCCGAACUUGGCGCUUUCACCCUUGAGGGCAAGACCCUAGUCGGCGGCGAGGAGCAGAAGCAACUGGAGGAUAUUGCUCACCGCCCUGAUCCCAAGGUCCAAGCUGCUGUCAACAAGGUUGUCAAGACGUUGACCUCUGGCGACGCCAACGGCAAUGAAACCGAACCCGCCGCUGAGGAGGGCGAAGAAGAUAACUCUGGUUCUCUUGACAAGUUUGAGCCAGCCGCGCCGGGCGGCGAUGUUUUGCUACAGCCCUCCGCCGGUGGCAGGGGCCACGGUGCUAUUUUCUCUAACUUCACCUUUUAUCUCUCCCGUGAGACCCCCCGCCAACCUCUUGAAUUCAUUCUCAAGGCUUUUGGGUGCAAGCGCGUUGGCUGGGAUGCCACCCUCGGCGACGGUGCCUACACUACAAACGAGCUAGACCCUUCCAUCACCCAUCAUAUUGUCGACAGACCUGUUAUCCAGGCCGCGACAACGGAGGGGGGCGAUGGCGAAGACAACCAAACCUCUCAGAAGCUAGCACAAAACCAACGUGUUCCUGGUCGUAUAUACGUCCAGCCUCAGUGGGUCUGGGAUAGUGUCAAUGACGGCGAGCUAAAGGAGGCGCACAUGUAUGCCCCUGGUGCUUCUCUGCCUCCUCACUUGAGUCCGUUUGUCAAGAACGUCCAAGGCGCAUAUGACCCCACAGUCCCUCUUGAGGAGCAGGAACCUGAAAACGAAGCUCUCGAGGCCGAUAGCGAUGUCGAAGAUGAGGAUGUCGAUGCGGACGAGACUGCUGAGGGCAUGGAUGUUGCCGAUGAGGACGAAGAUGAGGAUGAUGAGGAUGAGGAUGCAGAUGAGGACGAAGAAGCGGAUGAGGAUGAGGAUGAGGACGAUGAUGACGAGGACGACAGCGCACAGCGGCAACAGGAGCUGGAAGCCGAGAUGACUGGCGCUUCUGUCAACUCCAAGAAGGUCAAUGCCAAGGCCAAGGCCAAGGCAGACGCCCGCAAAGCCUACUCCAAGAAGUCGCGCGAAGAAGCUGAGGAUCUUGAGCGUGCCAAGGGUAUGCUGAGCAAGAAGAAGCGCAAGUUGUUUGAACAAAUGCAGUAUACGAAUAACAAGAAGAGCGCUGCUGAUGAGAAGCUUCGCGGAAAGAGAAGGAGACUGGAAAAAGAAAAGGCGAAGAAGGCAUCGGCGUAA